CGGCCAUUGACAUUUGCCAACCAACCGUUCUCCUCGCCGAUGCCGCUCGCCGCUGGCGAUCCGUCGCCUCCGCCGUCCACCGCCCACGCCAUAACCACCCCAGACGGGUGGCACCCGCGCACGGCGGAGCGCCAUCUGCUUCACCUCCUCCAUCACUGUCCCCUAGCUCGCGGUCGCCCGCUCGAGCUCCUCGCGUUCGCCGUCCGCCGCGCGCUCCCCUACUCCCCGCCGUCACCGCACCACCACGCCCUCGCGGCGCUGCUGCUCCUGUCCUCCCCUCCGCCACCCGCUCUGCCAAUCCUCCGCCUCCUCCCUCCCGAACCCACACCCCCUCUCCCGCUCCUCAACGCCGCCGUCAAGGCCCUCUCCGCCUCCUCCCCGCCGGACGAUGCCUUCCGUCUCCUCUCCACCCUCCGCCAAUUCCACGCGCCUGACCGCCUAACCUUCCUGCCCCUCAUCGGCUGCGCCUCCUCCUUGCCGCUCCUCUACGCGCUGCACUCGCUCCUCCUCCGCCUCGGCUUCCUAUCUCACCACGUCAUCUCCCUCGCCCUACUCAAGCCCUACCCGCUGCCGCAGGCCCGGGUCUUGUUCGACGAUAUGCCCCAAAAGAACAAGUGCACCGUCGCCUACAACACCCUCAUCACGGCGUGCCUCAGGGUCAGGGACAUCCGUGCAGCGCGCCACCUGUUCGACGAAAUGCAGUGGCACAGGCGGUCCAGGAGGAGCGUGGUUUCCUGGAACCUUAUGAUCGCCGGGUGUGCACGCUGCGGACGAGAUGACAUGGCGGUGUCCUGUUUCGAGAGGAUGAUCAGGGAAGGAGAGGUGGCGCCAGAUGAUGGCACCUUGGUGGCAGUGCUCCCUGCUUGUGGUAGGACAGGGAAUGUUAGGGCUGGGAGGUGGGCACAUGAGUAUGCGAGGAAGAGUGGCUUGUUGGACGGUACAGUGCAUGUUGCAAAUGCACUGAUGGAUAUGUAUUGCAAGAGCGGUGAUGUUAAUAGUGCACGGGAGGUGUUUAUGACGACGCGGCCGCGUAGUGUGGUGAGCUGGAACACCUUGAUCGCUGGAUUCUCAUUGAAUGGUCGCGGAGUUGAGGGGAUUGAUCUGUUCCAGGAGAUGAGGAGGCAAGGGAUGGAGCCUAAUGCUGUGACGUUCUUGGCAGUGCUUGGAUGCUGUGCGCAUGCUGGGGCAGUGGAUAUUGGGCGGGAGAUCUUCCGGAGCAUGCUGUCGGAGCAUGGGACUGAGGCAGCAAUUGAGCACUACGGGUGUAUGGUGGAUUUAUUUGGAAGAUCUGGUCUCCUUGAAGAGGCACACGUAUUGAUUCAGGGGAUGCCAAUGAAGCCUAAUGCUGCGAUAUGGGGAGCACUUUUAAGUGCGUGUCGGGCUCAUGCUGGGCUUGGCCUUGCUGAGGUGGCUCUGAAAGAGCUUAUCAAUCUUGAACCAUGGAACUCGGGGAACUAUGUGCUGUUGGCCAAUCUUUAUGUGGAAACAGAGCGGUGGGAUGAGGCAGGGGAAGUGAGGAGAUUGAUGAGGAGGAUGAGUGUGAAUAAGGCUCCAGGGCAGAGCUUCAUGGAAGAAGCUGAGUUUAGUUGACAAAUUGAGACCAAUAGCUAACUAUGUGGAAAUAACUUAAGUUUGGAAGGGAAACUUCAUAGAGGGGCUGUAAAUGAAAAGAUCUAUACAUCAAUUAUCCCUAUUAAAAGUGACUUAUGCAGAAUGCAGGAAUUUUAGAUGAAUCAUACAAGAAUUUCACAGGAAUCAGUUCAUUUUCAAAGAAAAAACAUAGAAAACUGGAAAUAAUCCUCCGUUCCAAAGGAGCCAUCAAGGUGAUGUUUUGCCCAGUCAUAGGUUGACAAAGUAUGUCACCAUAGGCAUCGCAUACUUUAGAUGUCACAUGUUGACAUCUAGAAUUUCUGGGCAUCUCGAGUCUAGUUUACUUAAGAAGAAGGGGAGAGAAUGCUUGAACAAGGAGCCCAACCUUAUAGCAGAUUCGCUGCUCACAUCUCUUAAUUUAUCUUGAAUGCCAUGAGUUUCUCUGACAUGGGGAUAUGUCAGCUCCAAGGAAAAUGGUGCACGUGAGGGAGCAGGAAGACGUCCGAUUGGCGGUGAGAAUCAGAAACAGCUGAAGAAAGAAGUGUUGGGCCGCCGUGUGCCUAGGCCCAGUGGGCGAUAUCCAUCGGACAAGUGGUCCGUGUAAGAGUGCAAUAAGGAAUACUUAAACUAAGACUGGCUACAGUGAACGCUAGGAAAUGAGAAAAUACUAUUGCUCUC